CCAUCGCCUUUCUUACCCUCACGAUACAGUCGCCAUUAGAGUCGGAAGGCAACGACGGAUCGCGGCUUACAUGAACCACCGAAAUUCCCAUCUUUCUCAUUUUUCCGCUCCGCUCCUAGAAAACAUUGAGGGAGGAAGGAUUCAGCUUAUAUUAUGCGUAAAUCCUGCUUAAAACCGGCUACUAAACAGCCCCUUAGGUUACAGUUGGGUACAUACAAUCAAAUUUAUGUAAUAAGCUUGUGGAUUAUAUGAAAACACGGUAAAGUCGGAACCCUCGCCUUUCUCCCUCAAAUUCACAUCCCCUAAAAAUUUGCAACCCUCGACGACAAGGAAUAGAUGAAGUGGCGAAGGGAGCUUACUGGAGAAGCCAUCUACGGGACAUGUGGUUGUGAAGGAGAAGAGGAGGUCGCGAGACUUGCGGAUUCUGUUAAAUCCGUCCAAUUCCCGAAAUACUGAAUCCUGGAUUUGAGAUAAAAGGGCAAGAAACGGGAUUUAAGGUUCUGUUGGAUUUGAAGUUAUCAGUUAUUCAUUUUGCCAGAGUCUUAGGUUGAAUCCUGCCGGAAAGUUUACUUUCAGACCCUUCUUCCAUAAUGAGUAGUUUUGAGCCUUUCAACAGACUGGUGAGGCUGGCGGCUAGGGCCUUCUACGAUGACAUUACCAUGAAGGGCGAUAACCAACCAAAGACUGGGAGGGGCGAUAACCGGGGAAUGACAGUGGUUGUGUUGGAUGCGCUCACCAGACGCCAAUGGGUUAGAGAGGAAGAUUUGGCUAAAGCUUUGAAGUUGCAUUCAAAACAACUUCGUCGCACAUUGAGGUUUUUUGAAGAAGAGAAGUUAGUCACGAGGGAACAUCGGAAAGAGACUGCCAAGGGCGUGAAAAUAUAUAAUGCUGCAGUUGCGGCUACUGCUGAUGGUCAACAAUCUAUUAAAGAUGGUGAUGAGAAGAAUAAGAUGCAUACCCAUUCUUACUGUUGCUUGGAUUAUGCACAGAUACAUGAUGUCGUAAGGUAUAGAUUGCAUCGGAUGAAGAAAAAGUUAAAGGAUGAAUUGGACAGUAGGAAUACCAUCCAGCAGUACAUAUGCCCUAAUUGUGGUAGAAGAUAUUCAGCGUUUGAUGCACUGCAACUUGUAAGCAUGACUGAUGAGUAUUUUCACUGCGAAAGCUGUAAUGGUGAACUUAUUGCUGAGAGCGACAAACUUGCUGCUGAUGAAAUGGGAGAUGGAGAUGAUAAUGCCAGGAGGCGAAGAAGAGAAAAGUUAAAAGAUAUGCUUCAAAAGAUGGAGGAGCAGUUGAAGCCCUUGACGAUGCAACUUGCUCGAGUAAAGGAUUUAGCUGUUCCUGAAUUUGGAGGACUCUUAGCAUGGGAAGCUAGAGUACAUGCUGCUGCACGUGUUACAGGUGAUUAUAAUACCAACGACUCUUCCAAAUCUUCUCAGGGUCAAGGAUAUGGUGGGACACCCAUGCCAUUUCUGGGUGAAACGAGGGUUGAGGUUGCAUUAUCUGGUAUGGAUGUAAAAGAGGAGGGCACUGAAACCGAUACAAAAUCUACAACCAUGAAAGUUUUACCUCCUUGGAUGAUCAAGCAAGGAAUGGUUCUCACGAAAGAACAAAGAGGAGAAGUUAAACACGAGAUAAAGACAGAACAGAGUUCAUAUACUAUUGAUGAGAAGAAGCCAGGUGCUGAGAAGGAAGAUGAAAAAAAUUUACAGGAUGAGUACCUCAAGGCUUACUAUGCUGCUCUGGCGAAGAGACAGGAAGAACAGGAAGCAGCAUCCAGAAGAAUGCAAGAAGAAGCUGAGAAAUACAAGGCAUCAACAUCUGACCUUUUCAAUGGCACCUUUGGAGCUCCUUAUGAUCGGAAAGUUGGUAUGAAAUCAAAACGUGUGGAAGAUGACAACGAUGAUGUUGAUUGGGAAGAGGCUGUUCCAACAGGCAAUCAGAGUGAAACUUUCAAGCUUGCUGACCUGAAUGCCCAGCCAGAAGCAUCUGGCGAUGAUGAAGAUGACAUAGAUUGGGAGGAAGGCUAACUGUACCAUAAAUAAUUUGAUUUGCAUGGACCAUUUAAAAAAAAAAAAUUCUUAUUAAUAUAACAUUCAUAGAUUGGCUUGGUGAAGAUUGAGAACUUUAAUAUGCACUGAAAUUAAGUUUUGUAGAACUGAUGCUGUACACUCCAAUAUCCCUAAAGCAGCAGAACUGUUGUUCACCAUGAUUAUAUGAGGCCUGUUUUUGGUAUGUUCAUUGUACAAUUUGAUUGGAUUUUAAUGUAAAAAUAAGUUCAUUAUCGAUUCACUGAUGUGCAAUUGAAAUAAUGUGUUCCACAAAGCUUGCACACCUA